AUGCGCACCCCACCAACUCUUUUCCUGGGCUUGCUGGGUCUCCACGCAGUUGCAGCGGCACUCCCAGAACCAGCAUCCGUAUGCGAAUCGAGGACCGUCAACUACAUCACCCAUACCCUACCACAACAAUGUCUUCGUACAUCAUGGACGACCCCGACCGCCGUCACGAGCGCAGUCGCCACCGAUACCACAUCUUCCGAGGUUACGAAUAACGAGACAGCAGCGCCGGCGCCAGCGAACGAGACACCACAGCAACAACACCAUGACCAGCCCAAGCCGUCGGCGGAACAUACACAGGAGCAGACAAAGGAGGAACAGGAGGAUGAGGACUUGGCUUCCAGCACGUUCAUGUCGUUUGAAGAAUGGAAGGAGAUGAUGCUGCGCAAGUCUGGCGACCCCGCCAACAGCAACAAGGGCGGGCAGCAGAAGCAUUCGGGACAGCAGAGAGCCGGCGGCGAGCACGAUCAGAACGGCCCCAGUGAUACCGACAGCCACGGACAAAACGAAGACGGCGAAAACUCGCUGAACUUCGACGCCCUCUCAGAAAAGGUCUCGGAGCUGACCACUUCUCCCUCCGGCAACCCUUCGACCGACCACGGCGGCAGCGGGAAAGCCAAGAAAGACGACCAGGUCGUCUACGAGGACGGGAAAACGCAGUACUACCGCAGCAAGGACGCCGGAAAGACGUGCAAGGAGCGCUUCUCGUACGCCUCCUUUGACGCCGGUGCUACGGUUCUGAAGACGAGCCCAGGCGCCAAGAACGCCAAAGCGAUCCUCGUCGAGAACAAGGACUCGUACAUGCUCCUCGAGUGCCAUGCCAAGAGCAAGUUUGUCAUUGUCGAGCUGAGCGACGACAUCCUCGUUGACACGGUGGUGCUGGCCAAUUUUGAGUUCUUCUCGAGCAUGAUCCGCCGGUUCAAGGUCAGCGUUAGCGACCGGUAUCCCGUCAAGCUGGACAAGUGGGUUGAGCUGGGAACGUUCGAGGCGAGGAACUCGAGGGACAUUCAGGCCUUCUUGGUGGAACAUCCGCAGAUAUAUACCAAGUAUAUCCGGAUCGAGUUCCUCAGCCAUUACGGAAAUGAGUAUUACUGCCCUGUUUCGCUGCUCAGGGUUCAUGGAACGAGAAUGCUGGAUACAUGGAAGGAACCAGAUGAUAGGCACGACGAUGAGCAGGAAACAAUCGAAGCUCCACCAGUACAGGAACAGUUGCCGCAGACUCCCGAACCCGAGCAGCCGAGUUCUCAAGUUGAAGAACCGACUGUUACGAGCGAGCCGGUGCCAAGUACUGUCACUGAGGCGAAGGAAGAGCUGCAUGAGGAAAUCGAGCCUGUUCAGAUGGCGGAGGUCGGAUUCACUCCUUGGGAGCCAGUAUUCUAUCGUGACCUUUCUCUGGAGGUUUGCGCCUUACGUUCACGUACAACUGGUCAACCCACUCGUAUCUCGCCCGGAGCAGACAAAUACAAUAUCUCUGCUGGAAACCCCGAUCUGGUGAAGGGCCAGAACUCGACCAGAAGCGCUGCGCACGAGACAUCGGUGACCAAGUCUUCUUCAGCAGCAUCGAAAUCUCAGGAAACUGCCAAGGGCCAACCUGCCAGCUCUUCCGCCUCUCACAGUUCCGCACAGCCUCAAGCAAGCAACACCACAGCCGGUUCUCCCAACAAUAAGGCCCCUCCAGCCCGUCCUAAUACCGCCAGCAACGAGACUGCUCCUUCGGCCUCUUCCGCCGCAAAACCCCCUAGCAGCAGCAGCAGUAGCAGCAGCAGCAGCACAACCGGCACCACAGGUCGCAACGACAGCAAAGAGAACGCGAACGCCGGCGGUAACAGCAGCGGAAGCGGCGCUCCCAGUCCCAACAACAAGAACAACCAACAACAAAAACCGAACCCUGGCGGCUCCCCCACCACCUCAUCCCACCCCGCCUCCCCCACCGUCCAAGAAUCCUUCUUCAAAACAGUCCACAAGCGGCUCACCCACCUCGAAUCAAACACCUCGUUGUCGCUCCAAUACAUCGAGCAACAAUCCCGGUUUCUCCAAGACGUCCUGUCUAAACUCGAGCGGCGCCAGCUCACGCGCGUCGACACCUUUCUCGACACGCUCAACAAGACGGUGCUCACCGAGCUGCGCAACGUCAGGCAGCAAUACGACCAGAUCUGGCAGAGCACGGUGAUCGCUCUCGAGACGCAGCGCGAGCAGACGGAGCGGGAGGUGGUGGCGCUUAGUGGACGGCUGAACGUGCUGGCGGAUGAGGUGGUGUUUCAGAAAAGGAUGGCGAUCCUGCAGAGCGUGCUUUUGUUGAGUUGUUUGGUUUUGGUUAUAUUUAAUAGGACUGGUAGUAACAGCGGUGGAGGAGGUGGUGGAGGUAAUAAUGCGUUGGGCGGUAAUGGAGGAGGGAUGGGAGGCAGGCCUAACUCAAGAGGAGGAUGGUUCGAUUCCCCCGUCCAAGCCGCGCAGCGACGGUCCAUGAGACCUGGUUCUGGCUGGAUCAGUAAUAUGAGCAUGAGCAUGGGGAUGAGUAGUCCGUUUCCAUUUUCGACGACGGCGUCAACGUCUGGAUUACAACAACAGCAACAAUCGACUACAGCCGCCGAACCAUCGCAGUCGGGUGGAGAGGAUACAGACGCCGCCGUGGGAGGAAGCACGGGUGUUGAUGCCGCAGCAGAACACAAUCAGCAACAGCUUCACCCCAACGGCAACUAUGGCCGCCAGCCCCCGUUACAGACGCAGCAGCAGCAUUCAUAUGCUUACUCACGCAGCAACGACAAAGCGCUCCCGCUCACUCCCACCUCCGAGUACGAUAGCAGGGAAGGGACGCCGCUGGUCCACGCGUCGCCACUCCGGCAGACAUCAACGACUAUAGACGAGGUUUUGGCGGGAGAGGGUGCUGACGGUAAUUCACCGUUGUAUACGCAGUCGUCAUUCGGACCCGAGCCCGAUUGCGGCCCGGAUCAAGAGGGGUCGUCUCAGUCUUCAUCGUCUGGGUCCGAGUCUGACGGGUUCACGCAAGAGACAACUACAAGUUUUGUCCAAGAAAGCGCCGGGCCUGCACAAAAUGGAGUUAUGAACGUACGUGUUCGUUCUAACCCUGCGGGAGAAAGAAGCGAGAGGGUUGAAGACGAUAUGGAUCUGCUACCGGUGGAUUCCAUCGAGGAUCAGCAGCAGCAAACACUACGACACCGACCCAGGCCUCCGCAUCCUUAUCAUGGCUCGGGGACCGUAAAGCCAUUGCCUGCUCUGCCAGAAACUUCAAGUUCAUAA